CAACCACGCAAUCACUCCUUCGUCAGUAUUCCCUCCGUCUCUGGUCUGCUGCUGAAGCUCCCUUCAGCUCUCUCCCUGACCCCUCGUUCGGAUGCAUUCCGCCCUGCAGGCCGAAGUGAGGUUCACCCGGGUCUUGACUGCGACCUGUCGACACUGCGCAAGAAAUCUCCCAAGAAAUCUCCCCCGAUCCUUUCACUCUGCCAAAAGGCUACAAGUCCCUCCACGUCCACAAAAUAAUGACACCUCGAUAACAGGCCCCGCAGUCACUUCUGAUGCGCGAGAGCCAAGAAAUCGAACCGACACAGCGAAAGAGAGCGUCUCCCACGACAAUGUACCUCCGAGUCCUGCCCAGACUACCUCUCCGGGCAAUCCUCCCUCCGCAAUAGAAAAACCUCUCAGUGAGUUUCAUGGCUCUCCUGCCAAGAGACGCAUGCGCUCUCGCAUGUCCAAAGCGGUCGAUCUCGAGUAUGAACCUCCAGAGUGGUUCCCAGAAGUCAACAUCCUCCUCCACAGUGAGAACCAGUCCCCUUCUGAAUUCGAAAUCAUCCCAACCCCACCCCGGGCUCGAACAACUUUGGACAGCGCUGGGAAAAACUCGGACGGAGGGCCUGCUGCGCCUGACGAUAGCUCCUCUCCAGAGAAUAGUAUCAAGCCACAUGGCUCACCAAGAUAUGCAAUUGACGAAGCUCAGUACGAAGAGGUAUGGCGAACUGCGAGAGGCCUUUUGAAAGUUCCGCAUGAUCAACUCCAUCGAUUGCCGGAAGCAGACCACCUAAGAAACCACCUUCUCCUUUCCUUCGUUGACAAACACGGCGAUUUGUUUCUCGAUGCGCUGGUCAGGGAUUUAGCCCGAGAUCUUGGGUGUGAUCUGAUGGCAUUGGAUGCCCAGGAUCUGGUAGAGCUAUACAAAGGAUCCUUUAACGAAACCGAAGGUCCUACGCCUGAACGACUUCUAAGUUAUGAGAUUUUCACCGAAGCAUACCCCGACUAUUCAGUCAAGGCAAAAGAGCGCCCUAAUCCAGAAGAGGAGCAAGAUGAAGAUGAAGAUGACGAAUCUGACCACCCAAAUAUGGAUUCUUUUGGGAAAAUGGGUGAAUCGGGUGCACUAGGCUUGCCUAUCGUGGUUGGGAAACCAAUCUCAAUCAAUCUGAAAGAUCUUUUUGAUGGACCUGCAGGAAGAGCCGUAUGGCGUGACCGCUCACGGUCUACAAGCGGAGGUCUCUCUAAAUCAAAGCAAAGCGGAUCUGAAGGUGUUGUUCCAGGCUUGUUUCAAUCUUUGGACAGGCGGCGAGCUGACCUUGCGGGCCGAGUCGACUCAGAAGCUCCGUCUUCCCAGACACUGGAAAGUCAACCGUCAAACGACCAGGCCAUGGGUACAGGCCAUCCUCCUAACGCUCCCACUAUUGUCCACAUCAAGGAUCUCCGCGCGAUUCAAGACACCGACUUGGGACAGCGAUUCAUGAGCGGCCUGUUUGAAGAAGUCGGGAAGAGACGAAAACGGGGUCAAAAUAUCAUCAUUGUGGGAACGGAUUCGGCGAGAAACGAACCAAUGCGUCUUGACAAACUCCACGAUAUCCAGACAGGGGGACAGACUGAAGUUUCCCAAAAUAUAGUUUUGACUCCAGGCUAUCGACCUUGGAAUGAUCUAAUCUUCUCCCAGGACGGGAGACGGAGAAUUUCAGUCAUCAACAUGCGACACUUGUGGGAUGCCUUGAGAUAUCGAGAUCCCUCAAUCUUCGCUGAACUAAAGCCAGGAUUCUGGGCCGGCGAGGCGUUCAAUCAAAUCCCACACGAAGACCUCACCUUUCAAGGCUACAAAGUCUGGUCCUAUGCCCACGUCCAUCGGAUCGCGGCAUUUAUGGCAGGUGCGUUGGAAGUCCCUUGUCAGACGGCAGUCGAAAAAUCAGAAUCUCCCGAGUGGCAAGCCUUAAUGCCUAUCAUUGCUGCCCAAAAAAGCCUCGUCGCCAGCGAUGAAGGAAAGGUACGUUGGUUUGAAAGGGAGCAAAAGAGACGUUCCACGAGGACCCAGAACAGACUUUCGAGUCAGGGGAAAGCUUUUAUGGAGCUAUCCGGCAAGAACAACAAAGAUCAGGCGCUUAAAGGGCAUGAAGAAGAGCCCAUGAAGGACGAAUCUCCUCUUCGCAAGCUUCACUCGACAGUGUCAAAAUACGAAAAAAAGUUGAUGAACGGCAUCAUCGAGGCUAAGAACAUUAGCACGACCUUCAACGACGUACACAUGCCUGUGGAGACCAUCGAUGCUCUUAACACCAUGACCACACUUUCAUUGACGCGACCAGAUGCGUUCAAAUACGGAGUUCUAGCUUCGGACAAGAUCCCAGGCCUCUUGUUGUAUGGACCACCGGGAACGGGAAAGACUCUCGCGGCAAAGGCCGUUGCCAGGGAAUCCGGCGCGACGAUGUUGGAGGUCAGUGCGGCCGACAUCAACGACAUGUACGUGGGCGAGGGAGAGAAGAACGUCAAGGCAGUGUUCAGCCUGGCAAGGAAGCUCUCGCCUUGUGUGGUCUUUCUCGACGAAGCCGACGCGAUUUUCAGCGCCCGAGGCAACCAAGGCCGACGGGCCAGCCACCGAGAAAUUCUCAAUCAAUUCUUGAAAGAGUGGGACGGCAUGAGCAACGACUCAACCAGUGCGUUCAUCAUGGUCGCGACCAACCGACCCAUGGAUCUCGACGAUGCCGUUCUUCGUCGCUUACCCCGUCGGCUCCUGGUCGACCUUCCCACCGAGUCUGACCGGCUGGCGAUCCUUAAGAUCCAUCUUCGAAACGAAACAUUGGCCGACGACCUGGACUUGGCCACCAUCGCCAAGAACACCCCCUUCUACUCGGGUUCCGACCUGAAGAAUGCUUGCGUAGCUGCCGCCCUCAAUGCCGUGCGCGAGGAGAAUCACGCCGCGAGUCAACACACCGGCGACCAGCCGUACCAGUAUCCGGAUCGCAGGACCUUGACUGCGAAACACUUUGAAAGGGCUCUUGAAGACAUCAGUGCUAGUGUCUCUGAAGACAUGAAUUCUUUGCGAGACAUCAAAAAGUUCGACGAACAGUACGGUGACAAACGAGGGAAAAAGAAGAAGAAUCCCCGCCUAGGCUUUCCCACAAGCAAGCCACAGAAGGAUACGGUCAAAGUGAGGGAAUGAGAGGGCUGCCCUGCGCCAUCGCCGUUGGGGCUGGUGGUUUUUUGGUGACUUGCGAAUAUGGAACAUGACAACGACGACAAUGCUCGUUGGGGGAUGGAUGAGUCCCGCCCCGACCAGACUUUUCUCGGACCAAUGGGAAGAAAACUACUUUGUAUUCCACCAUGUGUACUAGAACAGCAAUAUAGAACAAAGAUUUGUAAUACUAUUCUUU